UUGUUAUCUUUUGCCCAAAAUAGAUGGUGCAGUGGAUUACAAAAAAGGGAAGUGAGAGCUCUCUAAAGAGGUUAUGCUGUAGUCAGUUCUGCUAGAGGAAAAGGAGGUCCUACUCUUUGCUUAAGCAGGCAUGAGACAGAAUAAAACUCAGGACAUAACCAUGGAAAAACUAUUUUUCACUACUAUUUGGAAAUCUGGAUGAUACAGUAGCUUGAUUCUUGAGUUGUCAUCUUUUUCUGCAGAAAAAUCCCCUGUUAUCUCAGCCUUGUGAUUACUAGCUCUUCUUUCCAUGAAACAAAUAAUCUGUAUGAGUACAAACCAGUCCUUCUGCUUGAGCUGGUGUGCAAUGGCUUUAUUUGUUUUGCUUUUUUUAAUAGACUGCCACAGAACACUGUGAAAUUAUCAUCAGUGGUAAAUACGGGUUCAGAAAAACGUGAUGACUUCAGGGAUUCUAUUGAGACGUUUUUAAAUGGUUUUGAGUGAUGUAAUCAGGUUAAAUACAAGGACUGAUUUUGCAAAGUGGACAGUAAUGGAGUAUAUGAGCACGGAUAGUGAUAGCAAAGAGGAGAUUGACUUGUUGCUAGCGGAUCUAAAUAUGUCUGAGGUGAUAGCCAUCAUGGAAAACCAUUAUCCAGGUGAAGACAUUGCAGUCUAUGAAGACAGCUUAAUUACCAUGUGUGAAGAGGCAAAUCAAAAUGAUGAACAUGCAGAAUCAUUACUGUUUUGUGAAGGGGAGGUCUCUUUGAUGUCCUCUGUCAAAUACGGGACUGUGGAAGACCUGCUUGCUUUUGCAAAUCAGGUGUCUAACACUGCAAAACAGUUUAAAGGAUGCAGACAACAGGAAUCUGGAAUCCUCUUGAAUAUGAUCACACCCAAGAAUGGGCGCUAUCAAAUUGACUCAGAUGUGCUCCUGUUUCCAUGGAAGUUGACUUACAGGAAUAUUGGUUCUGAUUUUAUUCCUCGGGGAGCUUUUGGGAAAGUGUACUUAGCCCAAGACAGAGAAACCAAGAAACGAAUGGCAUGCAAAUUGGUCCCUGUGGAACAGUUCAAACCAUCAGAUGUUGAAAUACAGGCAUGUUUCCGACAUGAAAACAUUGCUGAAUUAUAUGGCGCUAUUUUGUGGGAUGAGACAAUCCAUCUCUUCAUGGAAGCUGGAGAGGGAGGAUCUGUCAUGGAAAAGCUGGAGAGCUGUGGUCCUAUGAGAGAGUUUGAAAUAAUUUGGGUGACAAAGCAUAUUCUGAAAGGACUUGACUUUCUUCACUCAAAGAGGAUUAUCCACCAUGAUAUCAAACCAAGCAACAUUGUCUUUAUGUCAACUAAGGCUGUUUUGGUGGAUUUUGGCCUAAGUGUUCAAAUGACUGAAGACAUUUACUAUCCCAAAGAUCUUAGAGGAACAGAGAUUUACAUGAGUCCUGAAGUUAUCCUUUGCAGAGGCCACACAACAAAAGCAGACAUCUACAGCAUGGGAGCUACUAUCAUUCAUAUGCAAACAGGCAUCCCACCCUGGGUGAACAGAUACCCUCGUUCUGCAUAUCCCUCCUACCUUUAUAUUAUACACAAGCAAGCUCCCCCCUUAGAGGAUAUUGCUGAGGACUGCAGCACUUCCAUGAGAGAAUUGCUAGAAGCAGCUCUGGACAGGAAUCCCAAUCACAGGCUGUCUGCAGCAGACUUACUGAAACACGAGGCCUUACACCCCCCCCCAGAAGAGCAGCCGCGGUGCCAGAGCCUGGACUCGGCGUUGUUUGAAAGGAAAAGACUGCUCGCGAGGAAGGAUCUGCAGCUGCCAGAGAAUAUCACAGAUUCCUCAUUGUGUAAUGGGAGCAUGGAAGAGUCAGACCUGCUGAAGAGACAAAGAUCACUCUACAUAGACCUUGGAGCUCUAGCUGGUUACUUCAAUAUUGUUAGGGGACCACCAGCCUUAGAAUAUGACUGACUCAAUAACAUUUUAUGUUAAUGAGUCAGAAAUGGACCUCUACCUCUUAAAACCUGAUUUUAAGACUUGAUUUUCUAAUUUGUACAUAAAACUAUUGCCAUUAUAGGCUGUCAAAUGUGAAUAGUGUUUAAUUGCACAGAUGAUUAAGCUAAACCCUUAGGGGCUCUGAUAAGCUGAUCCCAAGCAGUGAUGUUUGUGUGUCUGCUGGUUGACCAACAAGAAGAUGGCAAAAAGAACACUGCUGCUGGGAAUGUCUUAAUCCAGGAUAUCUUCCUGUGCUGGGCCUUGCACUUUUGUAAAACUUAUAAUAUAUGCUUGCAAAUAAUAUCAGGAAAAAAUAUAAUAUAAUUUAGCAUGUGGGCUGUAAGAUUUGGUCUCUCUGAGCAUUACUUAGAAAAAACCUUCCUGCCACCCCCCA